AUGUAUCAGUACAAUGGUAGCGUACAAACCGACGCUGCUUUCAGCAGCGAAAUACAAGAAGUUGAUAUGGAAGAUGUCGGCCAGGAUUAUGAUGGAAAGAGUCUCCGAAGUUUGAUAAAUCGGUCAAAAAAAGACGUGGUUGAAGUGCCCCUCAAGAAGACUGAUCAAGUAGUCGAGAUCGAUCUGUCGCAAGUACAUAACGCAGGAGAGAUCUUUGACAUCUUGAAUCAAGAAAAUUCAGAGAUGUUAUAUUACUUAUUAUUUGCGAUAGAAUUCACAAAGAGGGAUCAGGAUGAAGACGCAAUAGCAAUGGCUGAACAAGGCUUGAACGCGCCUGGCAACGAUCAGUCAAAAUUGCGAGAACAUGUUGCCUCAUAUAGUCCAGAGAUCAACAUUAAUUUGGCGCAUGCCUGUGUGGAGACCGGAGAAUAUGAACGAGCUGCGAUUACGUACGAAUCGGUCUCAAAGAAGCGAUAUAAGCACAAAAAUCCAGAGAUACUUCUCUGGAUAGCGCGUGCUCAUUACCUUCGUUCAAAAGAGACUCGUGACCAUUUAUCAGUAGAUUUGGCACUACGCUGGACAGAAAAGGCACAUCAUUUGCAACCGACAAACGUGUUGAUCAUAUACAACAUGGCCAUGUUAGCACAGGUAUACUGUGCGACUAUCACUGAGCGAAAUGUGUCCGAACGGUCUUUGAAGCAGCUGAAUAAGGCAGUGGGUCGAGCUAACUGGGCAAAAACUGCUUUCUCAACACUAAUGGGGAUGCCCGAAACAGAAGCCUUCAACGUAACUCGAUAUGAACUCACCAAUCGUGAGCGUUAUAGUGUCUCAUUGAUACACACGUGUAAAGCAAAACUUGAUGAGCAGAGUGAAUACGAACGUCUGAAGAUGGAGGCCGCAUUAGAGGGUAAACGAAAAUACGAAGAAAUGCAAAAGAAGAGGGCGCAAGUUAUGGCCGAAGAAGAAGCUCGUCGUAAAGCGGAACAAGAAGCAAUAGAGGAGAAUCGCCGCAUGAUGGAGGAACGCGUAAAGAUAUUCCGCCAAGAGGAGAAUAGUGACGAAGAUAAGGACGAAAAGCGGCGUAAGAAGGGAAAGAGAAAAGCUGAUGAGACAGAUGGAAAUAGUAAAUCGCGCGUGCGUACGGAGUAA